AAAGCCACUGCCUUUACGCCUUCUCUCUCUCUCUCUCUCUCUCUCUCUAUAAGCAGCAACAGCACAGCACGGCACAGCACGGCACUUGCCAUAGUUCUCUACAGGCAGGACUCAACAACACCCCCAACCCCUUCGUCUCAUCAUUCCUAAAGCAAAAAGGAAAAACAGAGCAAAAGAGUAAAAGAACAGAGCAGUUUCUUCGACCCAGAUAGCGAAAAUUCGAGGACUCCGGUUGAGGUUGAGGUGGAGGAAGAAGAAGAACAACAAGAAGGAGAAGGAGAUGAGUACGUGCGAGCAGUCUCCUCCUCCACCUUCUCAGCCUCAGGCACAGCCACAGCAGCAGCAGCAGCUGAUGUUGCAACAGAGCUCUGGGAGCCUGAGCUUCAACAGCAACAUGUCGAGGGAGGACGAGGAGAUGUCGAGGUCUGCCCUGUCCACCUUCAGGGCAAAGGAGGAGGAGAUCGAGAAGAGGAAGAUGGAGGUCAGGGACAGAGUCCUUUCCCAUCUCGGCCGCGUCGAGGAGGAGACCAAGCGUUUAGCCACCAUCCGUGAGGAGCUGGAAGCAUUGGGAGAUCCAAUGAGGAAGGACGUUUCAAGCGUUAGAAAGAAAAUCGAUACCGUGAACAAGGAUUUGAAGUCAUUAGGCCACACCUGCCAGAAGAAGGAGAGAGAGUACAAGGAAGCGCUCGAGGCAUUCAAUGAGAAGAACAAGGAGAAAGUACAGCUCAUUAGCAAGCUGAUGGAGUUGGUCAGCGAAAGCGAGAAGAUGAGGCUGAAGAAGCUCGAGGAGCUGAGCAAGAACAUCGAGUUGAUGCACUGAGAAACCUUCAAAGCCUCCACCUGGUCCCGCCAACUGAUUGUGUUCCCGUGAAGAUCGUGUAUGUAGUAGUAACAUCAAACAUGACAUACAAUAUUAAAUAUUCAUAGUGUGUUCAUUUUCCUUGGGUAUGCUGUAGUUUUUUAUGGGCAUCUGCAUUCUCGUUUCAUCGUCAUUAGCAUAAUUCUAUGGGUAAGCUUGGAGACACUUUAGCCGGUUUUAGGAAAGGAAUCUGCACUGAGAAAAACUUGGUUCUGUAGAAGUGAAAUGCAUAAAUUCCUCCUCAUUUAAUUUGUUUGGGAUGUCGAACUCGAUUCGGUUUGAAGGUCCUGUAUAUUUUUUUUCGGUGUGGUUUGAAGAGUAGUUCGAUUUUUUCCCGCCUUCGACUUGUAAUGUCCAUGAUUUAUUGAUUAUUCAAUGUUUUGUGAA